AAUGUGAUUGGUUGAGUAUUAAAUGUGUCAGUUAUCUGUUGAAAGGGCUACAGGGUCCCUGAGACAUCUCAAACAAAUUUCUGGAACUGAAAUAAUAUUUUCGUAGAUGGUGUCCUCACAACAAAACACUGUGGACGGCUCUCACACUUACAAACAUUUUGGAAUGAGCUCGUAUUUGCCCUUACGACAUACGGCGUCGACGAGAGGUGAUGAUUUACAUGGUACAACAGAAAAUUCAUCAUACAUGGAUCAUUUUUUGAACAUCCCCGAUAUUUGUCCAACAGGGGCUGAUUAUAGGUCCCAACGGUACUAUAUGGGAUAUAACCAGGCCGAAGCAUGUCGUAUGGAGGCUCUACAACGGACUCAUGAUCUCAGCCAAAGAAUGGGUAUGCACGCGGGACGUCCAUCGUUUUAUCCCAAUAUGAGUGUUUCUGGGAAUUUACGUUAUAGGGAAACUUGUCCGGAAAAUAUUCCUACAAGUAAUAAUAUAAAUAAUGGAACCAGUAAAGAUCCAAUUAGUCCGCUGACACCAGGGACCCCAUCUGGAAAUGAGGAUGGUGAGCCACCACCACCGUUCUAUCCGUGGAUGUCAAUUGUAGGACCAAACUCAAACCAGAGAAGAAGAGGCAGACAAACAUAUACAAGGUUUCAAACAUUAGAACUAGAAAAAGAAUUCAAAUUCAAUAGAUACCUCACGAGACGGAGACGAAUAGAACUUUCUCAUAUGUUGUGUUUGACUGAAAGACAAAUUAAAAUUUGGUUUCAAAAUAGAAGAAUGAAAGAAAAGAAAGAACUAUUAGCAAUAAAAGAAAUAAAUGAACAGAAUAAAUCUCCAGAAAAAACUGUUAUUAAACCGGUAUCACCUGUGUCUUCAGGCGAUGCAUCAAGCUGAGAGAUUAUGUGUUCUUAGGUUCCUACCUCCACGGACUGAAGAGCUCAUUCCCGAACAUCCGGUGUUUCCUACACGAGAAGACUGAAACGAGAACUUUUACUUAAAUUAUACGUUUAUCAGUAGAAAAAUUAGAAUUAUUAUUUCACAUUAUAGGAUGACGGAUACGGGAGCCCGACAUUUGGUACUGCCCUAAUAAACGAGAAUGGUCUACCUAUUAACGAGAAUUUACGUGAAUACGAAAGCGUUUCCAAGUGGCCUGCCAUUUAAAAUGGCGGAUGCAAGUAGAGUGGAGAUAUCAUUUAUUUUUACAAACCUUUUCAUUUAUCAUCGCUAUCGUCGCAAAUGUUCAUCGUCAUAAAUGUUUAUAGUGCUAUUAUGUGUAUAUUUUUAUGUAUGUACAUUAACUUGUUGAAAUUAUAUAUAAAAAGAUACUGCUCAAAAUAAUGUACUUCACAUGUGAAAAUUUCAUGUUUUGCUUUGUAUAAAUCCGAAUUCAAAGUUAACCAUAAUUUGAUACUACUGAAUUUUCUUGCCGUAAAUAAUAGUGCAAUAUAGGAGAAAAAUACAUUUACAUGUUCUGUAAUAGUAAAAUUGCUUUUCGAACAAAAAUCCGAAUGUUGGAAGGAAAAUUCAGAUAAUUCAGAUCUGCAGUUGUUAGGGGAAAAAAAUCUGCGAUGGGGUUUACAAUACUGUUCCUUUUCUACGGCUUUGAUAUAUUUAUUUUCAUUUCAUAAAUUGCACCAUUUAAAUUCAAAAUGCAAAGGACUCAAAAUUUGUUUCCAUAAAAGAAGAGUAAAGAGGGAAUGUUGCCCAUGAUUUAGUUGUUCGAUGUAGCUUAACUAGGAUAUAGUACUUAAUUCGUUUUAAACAUUUUUACUGUCAAUUCUGUAAACCUGUCUGCAAUAUACUAAUAUCAAGAAGGAGCGAGUUUUUUUUUAUUUUGCAAUUUGGUUGGGUUUUUUUCCGGUUAGAAUGUUCUAGGAGCUCGGUAUUUUAAUUUACCUUUUUCAUACGUAAUACAAUGUAAAUAAAAUACACGUUUAAACAGUUAAUUCCAGGAAAUCUACUGAAAUACAUGUACAAGAAGCUUAUUUUAUAAAUAAAUAAUAUUUUUAAUGUUAAAACUUAAAAUACACGAUAUAAUGGAUGAUAGAUUAUCCUGUAACAAUUGACCGCAGGUAGCCAAUAAAAUAGUGGACUAAAUUAAACACUAAUGUAAGAGAUAAAAACUAUAUUUUUGUGUGGUCCUCACAAUAUCCAUCUAUGUUUUGUUUUAUAACUAAAUUAUGACAAAUUUUAUUCAAUAAUAUUAACAAUUUAUAAUUAUGAACGAUUCUACUUUAACUCCAUCGAUACAUAUCUAUACUUGUGAAUUUUUCUAUAGAGUGUAAUAUUACAAUUAACAAUUUUUCUUGUUAAUUGUAAUAUUUUAAAAGAGAAAUGAUGAGCUGUAAAUGAUUAACUUUAGAAACUGAAAAUGAUAUUUUUAGCGGUAACGUAUGCAUAUAGCUUAAUCUUGCAGUUAGGUUUUCAGAGGUUACAUAGCAACAUAUACAAAAAUAUGUAGAUACAAUAGUUAUAUAGAAGCUUUGUAGUUUAUUUAAUUUGUCACACCAGUCAUGAUGACUGAAUUUUUCCUCAGGUUUUAAUUUUGCGUUUUUACAUUUGAUUUUAUAUAUAUGUGUAUUUUUUCAUCAUUCUUAGGUGCUACAACGUAGAUUGAAACUGCCUUUCAACAUCUUUAUUUCAUUUUGCUCUGAUGUCGUUUGUUUAUAGGAAUUCAAACCCGACCGGUCACAUAUUCAGUUAGAAAAAAAUACGUCAUCAUUUUUAUUUCUAAAAGUGGAAACCUUUUCAUUUUCCCCCCGCAUUUCCAUUAUUUCUAAAUUAUUAAAACUUAUAAAAUUCACAACCCUAAACACAACCAAUAAGUCAACUUCAUUUCAUAUAUUAAUCUUUAAAAGUAAAGAUAUACACGAUGAUAUCUGAAUAUAAACUAUCACACAACUAACAUAUUCUUUAGUUGAUUACAUAUUCUUUUUUAGUAAGCCAAUCAAUACCAUUACAUUUUAUGUUAAAAGAAUUGAGCUGAAUUCGUCGUAACGCGUUAAAUCUAUUAUCUGGAAUCAAAUUCCCACUAUUUAAAUGUUUAAUUUUGUUGAUCACUCAUUUUUGUAUCUUAAAAAUUUCAAAAUAAUGCAACUCUUUUCAAACAAUUCCCUAGAAACGAGAUGAUAUUUUAUAUUUACCUUUAUAAGAUAGGCAGAGAUCCCUUAAUUUUAACCUAUAUGUAUUUAUAAUUUCAUAACGAGAAUAAUUAGAAUUAGCAAAGAAACAAAUUCCAAGUUUUGAUUAUGUUUUAUCCUUGUAAUAAUUAACUGUAUUUAUGUUUCUCGAUGGUAUACAUGUAGUUAGUUGUCAAAUCAUCAAGAGUGUGAAGAGCAUUUGGGCAUCCAACUUUUUAGAGCAUUCGAGAAAAAUAUUUUAAGUAUUCGAGCACACGAUUUGUUUUAAGUAUUCAAGCACCUGGGCUGUACAACAUUUCAUUAACCGAAUUUUUACGACAUGAAAAGAAAUAUGAUGUACGUUGUCACUUUGCAAUCAAUCAAUUAGUAAAAUGACAAAAAGGUUAGAAAAAAGUAAGAACAAAAAGUUCCUAGUUGGAACAAUUUUUAAGCCUAUUUAAAGUUUCAAAUACUAAAUAUCAACAUAAAUUUUGAUAUUUAAUGUUUGAAAUUUCAGUUUUGAUUGAACGCAGAGUUUACUAAUUGUAAUUAGUAUAAUACAUAUUUUAACAAAUUUUGCUACGUCAGAUGUUUUCAUAUAUUAUAAAAUGCAUUCUGUUAUUACAGUUUCUCAUAUGCUCUUUAUGCUUAGUGUAUUUACAUUUGUGUAUUUCUCAACACUUUACAAUAGUUGCUAUCUACAUAUUUAGAAGCUAGUCAGAGCCUAGGUUGUUAUGUAAAACUGUAUAAUUAAAGCUAUUUAUAGAAAAUAAUUUCAGCAAGCAGACAUCUCUGUUGAAAAUAAUGAUCGAGAGGAACUUAUUUAAAAUUUUUUGGGAAUUUGGGAUUAACAAGAAAACUUUAAAAAAUUAAAAAAAAAAUUCUUUGAUGUAGUGCAAAACACUAAUUCUACUUUCAAAUCAUUUAACAUAUAAUUUUCCAGUACUAUUACGAAAUGAGUUUCGUGAAAAGGCUUUACCGUAACAUUGGCUAAAUAACCGUAACACAAUUCUCAUUUUUUGGGUUUAAAAGCAAAACAUUUACAGAUGCACUAAUUUUCAUCCGAUAUUCUAUUUUGACAAACAUUGGAAAAUGUUAAUUCAAAAGAAAGUGUACAGUUGUUCCCUAAGAAACAACAAAAUAUGAUUUUCUUAUGGCUAUGUAUGCUAUGACUUGUUCCUUAUAUAUCAAUAGACAUAUUGUAUGUUUAUUUUCAUUUCGCAUUAUCUUAUAUAUAUAUGUAUAUGUCAUAUUUGUUUUUCUUGAGAAAAUACCUUUUUAUUAAACGAUGGGGUAAAUGAACAUCAUGUUCUACAAUUGUAUAUUUAUGUAUCACUGUAAGUUAGUCUUUUUUUGAAAACCAUAACGAGAAACGCAAUA